AUGAUUGGUCACCAUAGUUGUGACGUCAUAAUGUUAUAGCUAUUUAAUAACAGUACAGCGUUUACGGCUAUUACACGUGACUAGACAAUAAUAUUGAAAAUUUCUUGCUAAAAUAUGAGUUGUUAGUUGAUUCCGAUUAGCUAUGUGUGAUAAAGGAUUUAUUAAGGCAAAGUCUGAUAAUAUUCCUGAUGUUGAUAUAUUUAUGAUCACCGAUUUUUUAAAAAAUGACGUUCGGUUUAAUUCUGCUGAAGUUCGAGGUGCCAAGGCAUCAAGAGCAUCGCGUGAGAGUUACGGCGACAAAGCUAUAGGUUAUGUUCAACUAAGUCGUAAAAAUAAUAUUUGUAUUGUAAAAGGACGGGUAUGUCCAGAACAUCGAUUUCGGAGUAAAGCUUAUUCAGUUACUUUAACUAUUAAUGAAAAGUCAAGAAAAAUUCAGGAUGUUCAAUGCCAUAACUGUGCAGCUUCAGCAGGUAAUUUAUACUCCUAUUAAAUUUAAGUUUUUUGAUGUUGUAAGCAAUAAUUAUCUUUUAUAU